GGGACGAUGGGCGAAAGCGUAGCAACAAAAAAACCCUUCGUUUCCUGCACUCCGCUCCGGUAGUAAACUCAGGACUACUCUAAACGCUCUGAACACGCACUGUUAACGCACAACAAGCAGCAUGAAGCAAACAAACAAAAAACAAAAAAAAACCAAAACCGCUGAGUUCUUCUUGGGGCUUUGCUUUCGAUGGUGCUGUACGCGCAGGGUGCGGAAGCUUUUUAUGACGUGCCAGCAGCUAAUUGGGGUGGGAAAACCGGGGUGUGGUAAGGGGGAAACAUUGCACAAAGGUUGCAGAGAACACAAACACUGCGGCAAGAACACAGCUUUGCGCAAAGCUCGUACGCACGGGCGCGCGCAACGGAUAAAUACAGGCGACACGGGGAGCUAGAACUGGCAACGUUAGAACAAUACGAGAGAAAGUCUUUAUUUACCUUGUUGGUGGGUGUUGACGGGCGGUGGGGUUGGCUGGUGGGACAGUUUUAUGGUGGGCAAGAAUGUCCACAGCAAGACCUGGCGAGUGGGUGCGGCGGGGGGGGCUAGGACGGGGGGACAAGAACAAUUAGAAACAACAAUCGGGGAUUUAGCAGGAAGGGGCCUUAGGCGCAGGAUUGAGUAACUCGUAUUUAAGUAGAGAUUUACACUAAUGAAUAAAACAAUUAAAACAAACACAGACACACACACACACCCACACACAUACUCAGUCGCACGGAGAGGAAACAAGCGUGGACGCGGGUGCCAAUACCACAAAAGCGCCCACUACAAAAAAAAAAAAUGAGAAAAAUCGGGAGGUGCGUAAAGAGUGGCUCUUUUUCCUCAUUUGCCUCCUUAACGCACUGCUAGGACGUGCUAAGCUGGGUGAUAAAGGAAAGGAAAACACACACACACAUUCGCGAACAAUUACACGGGAUAUAAAGUGGAGGGACAGGGGAACAUAGGCGUAGUAACAUAGCGAACGAAUCGAACCAGAAGAAAAGAAGGAGUGUAGAAAAAGGGGAAAGGGAAAGCAAUUAAGUAUAACUUAAGAAGAACAACUAAUGCGGUAGCAGCGAAUGGGGAAGAGAUUUGCUAAAAGAAAAAAAAAGCAAACGAAGUGGAAUAAUAACAACCACAAUAGCAAAGGAAAGGUUACAAACAUUGGAGAAAAAAGGAGAAAAUCAAAUCAAUUAGAAAAUAAAAACGAGAAAAAGGCGAAACAAAGAUACAAAACUCAAACUAAAAACGACGUGGGAGCAAGAGAAACAUAAAGCCAUUUGAAACAGAACUCUCACUUUCUCUCUCACUCUCUAUCUCAGUAGCGGUGUAGUGGUGUAGUAGUGCAACUGGGGUAAGAGCCGACGGCAAGGCGAGAGCAGACGGGAAGAAGUGUUGUGUGUGAGUCUGAGGGGCGGGGCGCAAAAUGGCGGGCGAAGGCGUUUAUUAGUUCGUGUUGCGUUCUUCAAUUUAUGUGUCGCGUCUAAUUCGAGAUUUUUCCAGUCUAAGUCCGUAGCAGUACUAGUAGCAGUAGUAGCAGUAGUAGGUGAUGCAGAGAGGGGUGAUGGUGUGUUUGCGAUUGCAGAGCUGUAAUUAAGAGAAUCAAAAUUACAAAAAAGAAGCAGAAUAAAAAAACACACACAGUCCUUUUCUUUUGUAGUAGUUUUGCGCAAACGAAUAACGCCUCAGCAGUUACGUUUGCCGCAACAAACAAACAAACAAACCUACACACACACACACACACACAGUGAUACAACAGCUGCUCUCUCGCUCUCUCUUGUAGGACAAAAGCAAGCAAGCCCAGCAAGCAAAAGAAAUCAACUAAUAUAAUUAGCUCAGCUACACACUCUCUCACACCGCAACCCCCGGGGCCGACCGCCGUCGAACGGUUGACGGUGGAGGGGAGGGUGUUUAGCAAAACCAAACUCUAUUUAGUGCAAUUUUGUUGUGGGAGAAGGAUUAAGAAGAAAAAAGAGAACAAAAGGAGUAUGAAGAAGAAAAAGGAAGGUGAAAAAGGAAGGGGUGUUCUGUUGUCCUGUGAAAAUCAAAACAAACAAACAAACAAAACCCAAAAGCAACAACAAAACAGCAACAACAACUCACAAAAGAGCGUUGUAGAUAUAGUUGAUCGUCGUUUCAUGAUAGUUUAUUCAGCAUUACUGAUAGAUUAGCUGGCUUACACUACUAAAAACAGUGAUUGUGAAUAAAACCCUAGAAUGAACUAAAAAGGCAUCAAAAACACGGUUGGGUCCGUCUUUUUCGUUUGCAUUUGUUUUUGCGUGUUGUUUGCGAUGACGACUACUACUCUCCCUGUGGCGAAAGAGUGGCGGAAAAGGUUCGGACACGAAUGGCAAAGGUAGGUGAAAGCAGUGCUGCAAAAUGUCACUGAGCAUGUCAUAAAAAAAAUCUGACUGAAACAAAAUCCACAUCAGCGUCACGUACUCAAUUGUGAUAAUCAGAGGUGAUACUCAGAACGGUUGGUGUAACCAAUACAUGCUUCAUGACAUUUUUGCAACCAACUUCAAAACAUUUGGCAAUUUUUGGGUCAGUCACUAUGUCAUGACUUUUUUUUCUUGUGAUCAGUUUUGCAAAAUGUCACAGACUUAGUCAUGACAAAUUACGGCUGAAACAAAAUCAUGUUAGCGUCACGAGCCCUACUGUGAUGAUCAGAGGCGAGCCUCAAACAGUUGGUGCGACCAUCACAUGCUUGGUGACAUUGUGUGCAACCAACUCUUGGCCAGUCACUUGGUCGCGAUCAUAAAGAACAUGUUUUCUUGCUCUGUUUGACCCGACAGAUAUUCAAAACAGACACAGCGAGAAAGCAUGCUCAUUUUGCUGCUUGACACCAAGAGUAUUCCAAGAAUAUCGUGAUUAUCAUUGAGAGAAAAUGUCGUGACCAAGUGACCAAGAGUUGGGUGCUAAUCAAAAUGUCACCAAGCAUGUGAUUGAUCCUCCAACUGUUUGAGUCUCAUCAUCAUCUCAGUUGAGUAUGUGAGCUGAUUUGAGCUUCGUUUCAGGCAUGAGUGUUGGUGCCUGAAACAGUGGCAUUUGUAGGCACCACUGUUCACAGCCAGAAAAAAAGUCAUGAUUAUGCUUGCGCCGGCAUUAAGCUAAGGUUGCCAGUCAGAGUAUCGCGUUGGACUCGCAUUCGCAUGUCGCAUUCAGCAUGUCAUGACGCACUUUCAAUGAGUAUCAACAAUGAGCGUCAAGCUACCCCGGAUAUGUUCAUUGUUUUCGUUGGUUAAAAUUUCGCGAUGCUUUUACAUUUUGCAGCACUGGGUGAAAGGAACCAAAUGAAUGGUGAGGCGUCUCCAUUGCACAAAACAGUCAUGCAGAAGACAAAAAAGAAAAAAAAAAAAAAGAAAAUGCACCCGCACACACACAGAGUGUCUCUUGUGUUUUUUUCUAUCCUUUUAUUUUGCCUUUUUAAUUGCGCAAUCGGUUAAACAGAUACAAAUUUGUGUUAUAAAUAUAUAAAAUAUUAUGAAAUAGUGAGUGUAUGUUUGUGUGUUGGCGUGUGUUUUUUUUAUCACACAGCAUGGAUGGAAACCACCACAAACACACAACACCUUCCCUCCCCCUCCACGUUCGAUGUUACAUGCGGGGAUGGGGUAACACGUGUGUGUGUGUGUGUGUUUGCGUGGGGAGAUUUUUGUAAUGUAUUCGUAUAUGUUUCCUCACUUUUGUCCACACUUUGCAUGUUUCUGUUUUUCCUUUUUCCGGUCCCAGUGCUGUUUCUGCUUCAAAAACUUUUAAUUCAGCACGUGUUUUGCAAUUAUCGUAUUUGUUCGUGGCUGUGAUCUAUUUCUCUCUCUCACUCUCUCUCUCUCUCUUCCUCUAUGUGUGUAAUCCUGCUUUCUUUUGCCUUUGCUAGGUUUAAGGUAUGAUAUUUAUGAUUUUUAUGAUUGGUUUGAUAAAUGUUUAUUUUUUUUAAAUAUACUUUUCUGCGCCUCUCCAACCCCUGCUAUCAUGAACCGCGUUCGCGUGUGUGUGUGUCUGUAUGUGUUGUGUGUCUAAUAUAAUAAGUAAGUAUGAUGAAAAUGUUCAUGCUCAUUUUGAUUAUCUCAUCUUUUCGCCCUUUUCUUUCACCACCACUACACCACAGACUGUUAUCUUCAUUUCGCAUAACUCGCCUGGCUUGGUCCUUUCUGGACUGUCUCAAUUCCUUCACUGUGCGCUGUGUGUAACUUAAAAUGUAAGCCAAUUCCUUUAGCAAUUCACAUUCUCCCCAUUUUCAUUGCGUUUUCAUCCGUAAGCUGGUACUUUAUUUCGUCGAGAUUUUCACCUUUUGCAUUUAUAUUCCUUCCUUCAACUUCAACACUUUCCCACUCCGCUCCGCUAACAGUAGCAGUAAGCUGCAACCGAACACAGUUUGUUCUGUGCCAAUUAGUUUUGUUCGUUUUUGGUUUUUGUUCAAAAGCUACCUAAAUAGUUUCGCACUUCCUUUUGCCUUUUCGUCCAACGCUGCGCAACGGCAAAAGGAAACGUUGUUUUGGAGGUUUGCUGCUAGCGAGAGCAAAAUUUCGCCUUUCCGUGUUGUGUUGUGUAUGAUGGAGCGGUGAAGUGUGCGCAAGAGCUGUGUGUAUUAAUUCGGGCUCUAAUAAUUCACGAGAACGCUAAGGAAAAGGCUACAAUUAACGGUUACACUAUUUUUUAUUUAACACUACUAUACGCAGGGGAGGGGCCGCUACGGGAUUUUUGAUGAGUUAAAAUAUUCGAUUAACACACACACACAUGCACAUACACACUCUCUUCGCGCGCCCUGUUAGAGUAGCCACAUAAAUUAAUUCCAUUUUUAUCUUUUCACUGCCAUCCCCUGCUACGUUCGAAUUAUAGUUCUUUGUUGUUGCUGUUGUUGUUAUUAAACAUUUCAUUCCAUUUCCUACUAAUUAAUCAAUAAACGUUCAAUGUGCAUAUAAGCGAGUUGAAAGCUAUCUCGAAAAAAGGCAAAAGAACGCGCGCGCGCACGCGCACGCAAGGCUAGAGAGCUUGAAAAGGGGGAAAAAGAAGGAAAUGACAAAAACAAAACAAGAACGCAACAACAACGGCCUUAUGCUUAGCUGUCUGUUAUCUGUUGUAUCGCUAAAAAGCUCUGGGUGUAUGUAUAAGCUCUAAUUUUGAAUUGAAAAAAACCAUUUUAAAGCAGACACCAGGGUGUAUCCACUGGCAGCAGAAGAAAA